GUCUCUUAGUUGUACCCAGAACUUCAUGAUUUAGUUGCAUAACUGAGAGCAUAAGUGAGCUUACAGCUUCUUGCUUCUUUCUUGCGACUCUUGAUCGUAUCGAGAUGGCCUUGUUCAACUUUGCUAAUCCUUGUCUUUUAGCUUUCGGCAUCUUAGGUAACUUCGUCUCCUUCUUGGUGUAUCUUGCUCCAAUCCCAACAUUUUAUCGGAUUGUCAAGAAAAAAUCAUCCGAAGGGUUCCACUCGAUUCCAUACGUGAUUGCACUAUUCAGCGCGAUGCUUAUGAUAUAUUAUGCAACCCUCAAAACUGAUGGGACUCUCCUCAUUACCAUCAAUUCAUUCGGUUGUGUGAUUGAAGCUGUUUACAUUUCCCUCUAUCUUGCUUAUGCACCCAGAAAAGCCCUCGUUUUCACGUUGAAGCUGGUUGUACUAUUGAAUUUUGUGGCGUUCUGGGUGAUUGUUGUUGUCAUUCACUUCCUGGUAAAGCCACCGAAACAAGUUCAAGUGCUAGGAGGGAUAAAUCUUCUCCUUUCCUUGAGUGUGUUCAUAGCACCUCUAAGCAUUAUGAAAAAAGUGAUAAAAACUAAGAGCGUGGAGUUCAUGCCAUUCUGGCUUUCAUUUUUCCUCUCAUUGAGCGCUGUUAUGUGGUUUUUUUACGGCUUCCUCUCGAGAGACAUCUAUGUUGCAACGCCAAAUAUUUUGGGCUUCUUAUUCGGAAUGGUUCAGAUGGUACUCUACGCAAUUUACAGAAACUGCGACAACAAAGUCACCGAGGAACUCAAACUGCCCGAAAUCAUGAAAUCAUCAACCGAGCCAAACCCGGAGAUACACCCGAAAGAUACCAUGUUAAAAUCCGAGGCAGACGAUGAGAAAGGAUCAGAAAAUGUGAAUCACAAAAAUGAGGAUGCCUCCGAGCAAGUGUAGAUCAAAGUUGGUUGAUGCCCUCAGUUUCAACUUCUUAGUAACUUAUAAGUUAGCUAGUUCUACUUAAGUAGUGUAACAUUAAUGUAAAGGGAAUAGCUCCCUGGUUAGUUCAUGUAUCACAUUUUCUGAGUUCGCAUCUUCUCUUUUAUGUGACUACUCUACCGCAGAUCCUAAUAAAAGUUGUUGCAACUGUUCAGUUCUA